GUCACUUUUGCGAUUUCAGUUUCCAUCAUUUUGGUUUCGCUGAGACCUGAGAGAGAGAGAGAGAGAGAGAGUCUCAGUGGGUGGCUUUAUCAAGUGGAGGAGUGGCCCAUGUUAUGUUAUUAUGAUUAUGAUCCCACAAAGCACCUCUUUUCGUUUCUCCUCAAAUUCCUUCGCUUUCUCACCCGCCGUCACCUCUCGCAGUCUCGCAGCUCCGUUUAACAGGUCCCCUUCCUCUGCCGCGCUGUCCUUCAUUCGCUUCCCAAAUUACCGAUCUGCCCUCCCUCCCCCGCGCUCCUCCGUGAGUAAGAGUAAAUCAGUGCGAGUUCAAGCAAUGGCUGCGGAAGAUGGUAAGGACCCUCGUCUUGCUAGAAUUUCAUCUGCUAUCAGAGUCAUACCGGACUUCCCCAAGCCAGGGAUUUUGUUCCAAGAUAUAACCACGUUGCUUCUCGAUACCAAGGCUUUCAAGGAUACCAUUGAUUUGUUUGUUGAGAGGUACAAAGACAAAGAAAUUUCUGUUGUUGCAGGUAUUGAAGCUAGAGGCUUUAUAUUUGGCCCUCCUAUUGCAUUGGCCAUUGGGGCAAAAUUUGUGCCUAUGAGAAAACCGAAUAAGUUGCCCGGGAAGGUUAUUUCUGAAGAGUACUCUUUGGAGUAUGGAACAGAUAUAAUGGAGAUGCAUGUGGGAGCUGUAGAAGCGGGAGAGCGUGCCUUGAUCAUAGAUGACCUCAUUGCAACAGGGGGAACCUUGGGUGCUGCACUCAGGCUUCUUGAGCGUGUUGGAGUGCAUGUGGUUGAGUGUGCCUGUGUGAUUGAAUUGCCAGGGCUAAAGGGACGGGAGCGAUUGGGGGACAAACCAUUAUUUGUUCUAGUUAAUGGAGACGCAUGAGCAUGGUUAGCAGAUUUCAAAAACAACAACUUUAUUGUUAGCAGGGGCUUAUGGUUGUUGAUUAUGAAGUGUUUGUUUACAUUCGAUGACCGAAGAGAUGAAAAGAAACUUGGUAGAUGUAUGUUCUAUGUACUAAGAAGAAAUAAUUUGUUGCUUUUCUAUUUUCCCAUAUGAUUUGAACAUCAAGUCACCAAAGUAAAAUGAUCUCAAUUAUCUCUCA